AUGCUCGCAUCACUCCAGAAAGCUGCUACUACUACCGCCGCCACUGCCGCUCGAAUGGCUGCCCCGGCUGCUCGCCGAUUCGCGGUCACAGUUGCCGGCUCAGAGGCUGCUGCCAAGCAGCAACUAUCCACUGCUUAUCCUCCUCUCAAGGUUGCGUGGUUCACCGCUUCUUGGUGCGGUCCUUGCAAGCAAGUGACUCCUUAUAUUGAGAACCUUGCGAAGAACAACGAGAAGGUGUCUUUCAUCAAGAUCGACAUCGAUGACUUUGAUGAUAUGGCUCAGGAGAACAAGGUCAUGUCCGUGCCUACGUUCGCCUUCUAUAAGGAUGGCAAGGAGGUUCAACGUGUGACCGGAGCUGAUCCUGUGAAGAUUGAGGAGAUUGUCAAGCAACUAUGUCAGUAA